GUGUUUGUGUUAAAAAAAGUUCAAAUCCUGUCUUUUCGUAAUUGAAAUUUUCUAAUAUGCCGUACGCAAACCAGCCCUCGGUCCACAUAACCGAUUUAACCGACGAUAAUGUGAAAUUCUACAUUGAAGACACCGAUCUGAGCGUGGCUAACAGCAUCAGGCGCGUCCUAAUCGCCGAAACGCCAACUUUGGCCAUCGAUUGGGUCAAGUUGGAGGCGAACUCAACCGUCCUAAGUGACGAAUUUUUGGCCCACAGAAUAGGCUUGAUCCCCCUCAUAUCAGACGACGUGGUGCAACGUCUCCAAUACCCAAGAGACUGCAUUUGCACCGAUUUUUGUCAUGAAUGCAGUGUUGAAUUCACCCUUGAUGUGAAAUGCACUGACGACCACACGCGGCACGUUACCACCGCAGAUUUAAAAUCGAGCGAUCCUAGAGUUAUUCCGGCCACUUCCAAACACAGGGACGAUGAAUCGUCAGAGUAUGGCGACACUGACGAAAUUCUGAUCAUCAAGUUGCGGAAAGGGCAAGAGUUGAAGGUUAAAGCUUACGCUAAAAAGGGGUUCGGUAAGGAACACGCCAAGUGGAACCCCACGGCGGGGGUGGCCUUCGAGUACGACCCCGAUAAUGCUAUGAGACACACGCUUUUUCCUAAGCCAGACGAAUGGCCCAAGAGCGAAUACAGCGAACUGGAUGAGGAUCAAUACGAGGCUGAUUUUAACUGGGAAUUGAAACCAAACAAGUUUUAUUUCAAUGUGGAAGCUGCAGGAGCCCUAAAACCCGAAAAUAUCGUCAUAAUGGGGGUGGCAAUGCUGAAGGAUAAAUUGUCCAAUUUGCAGACUCAGCUUAAUCAUGAAGUACAGAACGAUGCCCUUGCUAUUUAAUUAUAACGUUAAUAAAGCCGAUAAUUUUUAAA